AUGAAGUUUUCAUUUCAACACCGUGCUUUUUACUGCUACAUUGGGAUGAGCAUUUGGAUUUUCUUUCUGAUUACCGUGGUAUACAAAUACAUAACAGUAAAUGAUGAUCCUGUAGCUGUAAAGUUAGAGCACAAUGAAUACACAUUUAAAAUUGAUACCAAAUAUAGAAGGAUUUUCCAUAGGGCAUGUAAUCCCCCUGAAGAUAUUGUGAGGGGUUCAGAAGGUCUGGUAGAAAUUGAUUCAUGGUUAUUACAAGGAGUUCUUGUUAUAACUAGGCAUGGGGAUAGAGGUCCACUCACACAUCUUAAGGGAGGUGACAAGUUACCAUGUGAUAAUGUGCCAGUUUCAGCAUUGCUGCGAAGUUAUGAAGAGUUUGUACUCAACGCAAGUUCAUCAGGCCGUGCUUGGUGGGUAGCUGGUCCUGGACCCUUUCAUAACUUCCCGUCAUUACCUCGCACUGCAACAACUCACUGCGCCCUUGGACAACUGACACCUAAGGGACUCUUGCAAAUGAUUACUGUGGGUAAUAUUUUACGUGAGGCAUAUGGCGAAAAGCUUAGUUUGGACAACAUGGAGUUAUCUGGGAAGAAAGAUGCAGGCGGUAUAGCGUAUAGUACGCGUUAUCGCCGCACAUUUCAGUCUCUUCAGGCGUUAUCUUGGGGAGGGACGAGGGGUGCCGCAGCAGCACGUGAGGCCCACAGUGUCGCCUUCUGCUUUAGGCACUGUGCCUGCAAUGCUCAUCAUACACUUGCCAAAAAAAUAAGUAUGCAAGCAAAAACCAGACUAGAAUCUCAUCCAAAAAUUAAGGAACUAAUAAAAAAGCUAUCCAAAGUAUUAUUCGAAUCUCAAGAGUAUAUCGAUGCCGAUGUCGUACGAGACGCUCUUUUAGCUUAUAUGUGCCACGACGCACCUCUCCCCUGUUCACAAACAAACAAAAAACUAAAUAUUGACAAAGAAAGGAAAUUUCGUUCGGAAACACUUAGGAAUCUUCUAGAAGUUGACAUUGAUACACUGAACAUGGAGUUGGAUUAUAUUAACAAUCAACUAGACUUUAAUAACGAAAUCGGUAGAAAAGCGCGUGACAUAAUCAAACCAUUUGACAGGAAUAAGCAACCCCUAGACUUUGACGCUCAAAUGGAGAGAGAAAAAUUGCUGUACUACCAACAACGCUAUCUAGAUACAGACUAUGACGACGUGGUGAUUGUUAAAAAGAAUCUAGACGCAGAUUUCAAUUUCCCGAACGAGCAAGAUUUUGACGAAGAAUAUCGAGAACCGACGGAGUCGACUGAACAAUUUUGCGUCAGAAAGGAACAUAUAAUAUCGCUUUUUGCGUAUUUGGAGUGGAGUUACCGUCAAGAUGUGAAAGAUGUUAAUAACAGACGAAGAAGUUUGCUAAUUGCAUAUGGUUUAAUCCAUAAUAUCGUGCAGAAUAUGAUUAGAAUGAUCUCAGAGAAUAAGCCAAAGUUUGUCGUUUAUUCUGGACAUGAUAAGACACUACAAGCGAUGAUUCUUGCUCUAGGUCUUAAUAACUAUCAGCAUUACAACAUACAGUAUGCCAGUCGGAUGAUCUUCGAAGUGUACAGGAGGAAAGAUUUGAUGGACGAAUUUAAGUUUACUAAAAGGAAAGCGGUUGCCCAGGAUUUUUACUUCCGCGUGGUGUAUAACGGCGAAGAUGUUACGGAUGAGAUUGGGUUCUGCAAAAGUACAAUUGUUAUGAAGGUAGUGGAUCCAAUUGAUGAUAGGCGAACGUAUAAUACAUAUCUGUGUCCAAUUGAAAGUAUUGUUAGGUUUAUUCACGAUGAUUAUUUCGCUGGUUUCAAUGUUAGUAAUUAUAAGGACGCGUGUGCUACGUAUGGGAAGCGCGUUUAG